AUGAUUUACGAGGGAAAGGUCGCUAUUGCGUCCUGCAUUUCUUACAUUCUCUUAGUUUUGAUCAUAUUUUAUGAUAGAAGACUCAAGGAAGUUUGGGACUUCGCAACACCAUGCGUUAUCUUUGGCCUGAGUUUAUCUGUAACAUUUUUUGUUCCACAUAGUUCAGUAGUUAAGAGAGCAGCUGCAAUUGGUAAGCUAUAAUUUAUAGUUCUUUCGUCGUUAUUGAUGAAAGCAUAAUAGCGGUUAAAAAUUCACGUUAUCUUCCACAGUCAGGAUAACCACAAGGAAAGGUACAUGCUGCACACGACAAGAAAAAAUCGACAUUUCACGAAAUUUUUCAGGGAUAGGCACGUAUUCUUCAGGGGUAGACCCAUAUUUCAUGGAGGUCUUUAGGGGUGAAUGCGACUUUAUUGAUAGCCUGUGAACAGGCUCUCGGUUCUUUUUGGGGAAAAAAAUAGCGAAGGAAAAGGAAAGGGGGGGGUCCCUCUCCCCAGUUCCCCGCUCGACCAAAGGCCUGCUCACAGGCUACUUUAUUGAAUUCUUUUAAUACUGGUAAGAAGUGGGGUAUGGAUAGCCCGAUAGCCCACUGUCUGCAGUCUUGACUGUAGAUCAUAAUAUAAACUUAUGAUAACUGCAUACAUUAUCUGCUAACAUGUUCAAAACUCAAGUAAAACCCGAGGUGCAGGUCUGUCUUUGGGGUCUGUAGCACAGUAAUGCAAAAGGAAUCCCAGGCUGAAAGUUGAAUUUUUAACUAGAGCUGGAAAAUAUCAAAAUGAUUCUGUGUGUGGCCAUGGAGUUUAUUUACUGGGAUUACUGCAGAAGAGUGCACAAGUCUGACACAGACAGAAAUAUUUGGUGGGGUACUGGUACUCUUACUAAGAUUAUUUUUCAAUAAAAUUUUGCACAUAUAUAAUCUGUAAAUUGUUACAACAUUAUAAGAUACACUGUUUCAGCCUAUGGGUAUGAGUAAGUGAACGUGUUUGCCUCGUAGUUUUAUAAAAGGCAAUCAUUAUGCUGUAUAUACUAGACGUGAUAAUGGCGUAGCCAUUCUGCCCAGUAUGCUACCAUUAUUUUCUCCCGCUGGGUAAGAGGCAAUUUAGCUGUCCUUACAGCUACGUGUAAAGCUAAUUUACCCGUACCCGUACACAGAAAUGGUGUAUUUAAGGUCUCUAUUUUGCUUUUUACAACCUGCAGGUGGUGUCUUUGGAGUUGCCAUCCUGCUCAUCCUUGGUAAUUCAACCUUCAGGUUUUUUGGUUGGUACCUUGCUUCACUAGCAUUCUUUCAUAUCUCUGAGUAUGUCAUGGUUGCUACUUAUAGCCCGGACAAGUUAUCUUUGGACUCAUUUCUAAUCAAUCACAGUCCUGAAUAUCAGAUUGCUGCUGUUGCAAGCUGGAUUGAAUUUCUUUUNCACUCUUGGCGUGAAACUGAUCAUGUUGCGAAAGAUCAGUGAAGACUUCCACGCCGUGAUUAUUUAACCGGUGUAAACUUUCACGCCGUGAAAUUAAGAGUGAACACAUUUUCACGCCGUGAAACAUGUCGGGGGUGAAUGAAAUCUAACCUUUUUUUUUGUUUUGUGUUUUUUCUCGCCCCUUUUCGAACUGGAAAAAAACGAGAAUACCUGGUCACGUCAAGCUAAAUUUGUGGAAGUUGAUCCCACGCAAAAAAUAGCUCAUGACAAAAAUAUAAAAAAAGCGUAUUCAGACUAUUCCGUGUUCAGGCCUGUAAAGCCACAAAUCACAAUCAAACUAGUCACAAUUUCUUGUCGAUAUUUUUAUGUGUUCAUGGCAAGUAUUUUAUUAGAUAUGCACGACCGGAACUGCGUGUGUUUCAUGUCAAUUUGCAUUGUUUACAUUGUCUGUUACUGCAACAGUCGGUCACCUUUGGCUCUUUUUUUUUCUUCUCCUCAACCUGCAAAUUUUCCCAAUGUCGAUGUCAGAGACGAUUAGUUAAUAACCACACAUGGCAAGGUUUUCACUCAAGAAACCUAACGAAAUUCUUUGCGGAAACACUAACUAUUACUGCCAUUCCUAAAACCGGGAUAAUUGUUGUCUGUGUCGACGCGCAUUGCAGUGAAGUGACUGAUCUUAUCUGCAGUUUUGUAGCCCCAUCAUCAUCCAUCACACGUGCAAACUCUACUUGAUUUAUCAUGCUCCACUUCAAGUUCCUUGUCGCAUUGCUAAAUGUUAUACUCAAAAUUUCGCCGUUACAACGAUCUGAACAGAAGGGUAAAAAUGAAAUAAAUCCAAAAGAUAUCACGCAAUAUCAAAACAUGCGUUACAUAUUUCUUCAUCUGGUCGCCACCGAGUCUAGCAUUUGCAUAACUUCGUGGAAGAGAUAAAAGCUUCUAAAUUCUUUUAAAUUUUAAACGAUACUUUGGUUGUAAAUUUAGAGAAUACAAAGACGGAAUCAUGUAGUUGUUGAUUAUCUUCGGCAAUCUUCGGUGUCUUUUUUUUAGCGAUUUCAUUUGUUUUGCCGAAAAUCAAAAAUCAAAAAGUACUGACCAGUACAUGUUACAUUCAUCUGGGCAAAUAAAGGCUUGCAUGACAUCUAAACAGUACACUUUUGAAAACAAUGUUACAUUAAUUUUCAUUUUGACUGUUGGAAGAUUUUCACGGCGUGAAAUUAAAUUUCACGGUGACUGAAAUUUUUCACGGCAUAAAAUAUUUUCACGGCCAUUAUAAACUUUUUCACUGCGUGAAAUUUUCACGGUAGUCGUGAAUUUUUCACGGCGUGUUCACGGCGUGAAAGAGAAAUUUCACUCACAUUCCAAAAAUUUUUCUUACUUUCACGGCCUGGAUCGUGAAAAUAGGCAUAGCGUGAAAUUUAGAUAAGCCCCCAAGUCGCGUGAAGGGUCACAUAUAUAAUCUGUAAAUUGUUACAACAUUAUUAGAUACACUGUUUCAGCCUAUGGGUAUGAGUAAGUGAACGUGUUUGCCUCGUUUAUAAAAGGCAAUCAUUACGCUGUAUAUACUAGACGUGAUAAUGGUGUAGCCAUUCUGCCCAGUAUGCUACCAUUAUUUUCUCCCGCUGGGUAAGAGGCAAUUUACCUGUCCUUACAGCUACGUGUAAAGCUAAUUUACCCGUACCCGUACACAGAAAUGGUGUAUUUAAGGUCUCUAUUUUGCUUUUUACAACCUGCAGGUGGUGUCUUUGGAGUUGCCAUCCUGCUCAUCCUUGGUAAUUCAACCUUCAGGUUUUUUGGUUGGUACCUUGCUUCACUAGCAUUCUUUCAUAUCUCUGAGUAUGUCAUGGUUGCUACUUAUAGCCCGGACAAGUUAUCUUUGGACUCAUUUCUAAUCAAUCACAGUCCUGAAUAUCAGAUUGCUGCUGUUGCAAGCUGGAUUGAAUUUCUUUUAGAACUAUGGCUUUUUCCCUGGAUGAAGAAUAUUGUCAUUUUAAACUUCAUUGGGUUAUUUUUGAUGACUGGAGGAGAAGCACUGCGUAAGCUAGCCAUGAUAACAGCAGAAUCUAACUUUACACAUCUUAUACAGACAAAAAAGGACAAGAAUCAUGUCUUAGUAACACAUGGAAUCUACGGUCUUUGCCGACACCCAGGAUAUGCUGGAUGGUUCUGGUGGAGCGUAGGUAAGUUAACUUAAAACAAAUGCUACUGAAUUGAAAACAGGGGUAACAUGACUGUACAUUGUGCUAACACCUUGCAAAAACUUUUUUUUGAAAAAAAAUGAAAAACUUUUAGCCUUAGAAAACAGCCAACAUUUUGCAUCACUGCUGCUAGUUUUUGAUUCAGUUUGUUUAACCCUUUAAACCCUAGGAUCAAAAUUUGAAUUCUCAUAUGUUGCGCCUAUUCAUUUCCUAAAAGAAGUAGUGAGGAGAAGCUGAUAAAAUAUUAAGCCAUUUCCUCUGGUGUAAUCAUGCCCGUAAUUCUCAUUACUACUCUGUUUUACAAAGCACUGAUAUUACAAGGAGAAAUUUGAUGCUCAUCACUCUUAGGGCUUAAAGGGUUAUAGGCUGUGAGGAGUCUCUCUUUUGCUAAAAAAUCUGUAAGUGAGAGUAUUUGAGUAGUGAAGUCACACAAGUUGCGAGGGCACGAGUGAAGGUAUGAAUAUGUAUUCACCCCUUUUUAACUCUUCCCUCACAACUCACCCGACUUCGCUACUCAAAUACUCUUGCUUACAGAUCUUUGAGCAAAAGAGAGACUGCUCAAAGUCUAAAAGGGUUUAUAAGGACUUUAGUGUAGCCUGCAUGGCAGACAUUGGAAAGGUUUGAAGGGGAAGGGGAUUUGGGUGUGAGACAGGACAAAAGGGAGAAGAGAGGAGAGUUCCUUACCCUCUCCUAUUGCGCGCUGUUCAUGCUUCAUGUGCACCCUUCCCAUUUCUUUUCCAAUGCCUGCCACACUGUCAUGCUAACUUCUGCCCCAAAGCAUUCACUUUUCUUGGGGUCCUCACCCCAGAGUGAGAGGAUAUUAGGCACAAGGUUGUUUAAACUUAUCUAUAGUAUUUAAAUGUCUUCCUAGGUACCCAAGUCACUCUUGUUAAUCCCAUUUGCCUUGUGGCUUACAUCUAUGCUUCCUGGAAAUUUUUUGAUGAUCGCAUCCAUGAUGAAGAAAUAACUCUUAUUUAUUUCUUUGGUGAUGAUUAUUUGGAUUAUCAGAAAAAGGUUCCUGCUACUGGAGUGCCAUAUGUCAAAGGCUUUGAGAUUGAGCCUGCGGUUAUGGAAAGAUCACCCGAAAACUGA